UAUACCAGAAAGAACUACUUAUUCGUGUAUCUCUCGCUUUCACUCUCUUUAGAGUAGUAUCUACUCUUCUUUUGUCUUCGUAUAUAUCUUUUUCAUUCACUACUUUUGCUCCAUCUUUGUCAAAAAAGAAAGCCUGAAAGUCAUCUUCAUAAUUAUGGGAAAUAAUAAGAAAGGAUCAGGAUCUUCUUCUUCUUCUUGGUUAACUGCUGUUAAAAGAGCUUUCAGAUCUCCUACUAAAGACCCUCAAAAGAAGAAGCAAAUUAAAACAAGAGAUGAAAAUAAUGAAGUUGAUGAAGAUGAAGAAGAAAAGAAGAAGGAAAAGCGAAGGUGGCUUUUCAGGAAGGCUACUAGUAAUCUUGAAAAUGUGACAGCUCAUCAGGCUCCACAUAAAGCGGAGAAAGAUGACAUAGGAGCGGACCAAAGCCAACGGCAUGCAAUUGCUGUAGCUGCGGCAACUUCAGCCGCUGCUCAGGCUGCAGCUGCCACAGCACAGGCAGCUGUUGAGGUGGCUCGAAUGGCCAAGCCACCUGUUUCUAGAUUCAAUUUUUCUUUUUAUCCCGGGGAAAAGGAGCAUCAGGCCGCGACGUUAAUUCAAACAGCUUUCAGGGGAUAUCUGGCAAGAAGGGCUCUAAAAGCACUAAAAGGUCUAGUAAAAUUGCAAGCUUUAGUGAGAGGUCACAAUGUUAGGAAACAAGCCAAGAUGACUCUUAAAUGCAUGCAAGCUCUUGUUAGAGUUCAAGCGCGGGUACUGGACCAGCGAUUUAGGCAAUCUCAGGAAGGAAGUCGAAAAUCAACAUUUAGUGACACUAGUAGCGUGUGGAAUUCUCAGUAUCUUCAAGAUAUCUCGGACAGAAAAUCAAUGUCAAGCAGCAUUCCAGAUGAUUGGGAUGAAAGGCCUCAUACUAUUGAAGAGGUAAAAGCAAUGCUGCAAAGGAGAAAACAAGCUGCUUUGAAACGCGAAAGGACCUUAUCCGAUGCCUUUUCUCAACAGACGAGGAGAACAGGCAGAAAUUCCUCGAUAGGCAGUGAUGCGGAUUUUGGAGAAAGACAUCAAUGGAUGGACCGGUGGACGGCUGCAAAACCAUGGGACAACAGCAGAGGCAGAGCAUCAAUUGAUCAGAGUAACUCUCCUGUUGUUAAAACGGUUGAAAUGGAUACGUCACAACCUUAUUCAUAUUUACCUCCCAAUUUAAGAAGAUCACACGAACGACCAAGUUCACCCCUUCAUAGAACUCAACAAAAUCAAUCGUUUCAAUUCCCCAUUACACCUUCUCCAUCAAAAACAAGACCUAUUCAAGUCCGCUCUGCAAGCCCCCGAUGUCCAAGAGACGAAAAAAGUUAUAACUACACAGCUCAAACUCCAAGCCUGAGGCCUAAUAAUAACUACUCCUCAUUCAGUAGUAGCUCUAACCAACAUAAUAGACUAACUUCCGGUGCUGCAAAUAUUCCUAAUUACAUGGCUGCUACCAAGUCUGCUUUGGCAAGAAUUCGUUCACAAAGCGCCCCACGACAGAGGCCAUCGACUCCAGAGAGGGAUCGAGCUGGAUCUGCUAAAAAACGUCUUUCUUUCCCCAUCCCUGACCGUUAUGGCAAUGUCUAUGAACAUAGUCUAAGGAGUCCAAGCUUUAAAAGCCUUAGUGGAGUACAUUUCGGAUAUGAACAACAAUCUAACUAUUCUUCCUGUAACACGGAGAGUCUUGGUGGCGAGAUCUCUCCAUCCUCAACCAGUGAUUUGCGAAGGUAUUUAAGGUGACCAAGGGCAAAAAAUAAGGUGAUCAAUGUACAUGCUAAUGCAUAUUGCAACUGUAAUGCCUUUUCUUGUUUGUUAGGUAUUUUUUAACUUUGUUUGGAGUCUUAUUUUUUAAAUCUUUGCUCCUUUGUUGUGAUUUCCUUCUGACUUGUAAUGUUUUUGAACCCAUAUUGAUGUGCUAGUCAAACAUAUUGUAACUAGUUCUUUAAGCAUUGUUUAAUGAAAUAGCACCUACCGCAAUUACUGUUA